AUCAUAAUCGUUCUAAAUCAAAAAUAAACUUUAUGAGAUUUCUUUACGUUUCUAACUGUUAGACUUAAAUUAAUAAUAAAAUUAGUAACGUUUAUCAGUAUUGCACAAUGUGAUUGAGUACAGUGAUAAUUAUUUUUUACAUGGAUAUGAACAGCAAUGAUAUUUCUUAUAUUGAAGGUAUCGGGAAUGAAGUCGUAAUCUUUUUGACAGGAUUAUUUGCUGUUUCCUUAAUUACAUUUUUAAUUUACAAAAGUUUCACAAAUUCUGCAUAUAAUAGCGUUAAUAAUUACCAGCACAUCAAUGAAGCAAGACGGCUUAAUUUGGUGAACAAUAACAAUACUAGUGGUGAUCCAGGUAACUCUAAUAUGACCAACCGUCCUCGUCAUUUUAGUCCUGAUCAGAUUUGUCCAGUGUGCCUAGCAAGACCUAAUUAUCCAGUUGAAACAAACUGUGGACAUCUUUUUUGUGCUCAAUGUGUAAUUACAUAUUGGAGGCAUGGAAAUUGGAUUGGAGCUAUUAAAUGUCCUGUUUGCCGUGCAGUGGUUACAGCUAUUAUGCCUUGCUUCAGACCUGAGCAAGUGCAAAGUUCUCCUGAAGGUACAAGGAUUGUGAAUGAGGUCAAUGACUACAAUCGACGUUAUUCUGGAGAACCUAGGCCAUGGCUGGAUUACUUAUGGGAUUUGCCAACUCUGCUCAGACAUGCUGGAUCAGAAUUUUUCUCUUUUGGAGGAAUAAUGUACAUGUUUCGACUACGUAUUUUGCUCUGUUUUGUAGCCGCCAUUAUGUACCUCAUUUCUCCGCUAGACAUGAUUCCUGAGGCUGUAUUUGGAAUUUUAGGUCUACUGGAUGAUAUGUUUGUUCUUUUAUUAGUUGCAAUAUAUGUCACAGUUAUAUACAGAAGAUUUUUGGCCACUAGGUGGGAAAAUCAACAGACUCAAAAUUGAAAGUUCUCAAAUGUGAUAUGAUAUGAUAGCUGAUAAAAUUUUAAAUGUAUUUAUCAGUUCACAUUCUGUUUUGUCGUGUGUUUUAAGAUUAGGUUUUGUUCAAAAGAAAAGUGUUAUUUGGUGUGAAUGAGUCUGAUUUUGUGUGUAGAAAACUGUUAUUUAAAAAAUUGUUUUUAUAAUGCUUGAUUGAGAAUUUUUUAAUUUCGAAAGUUUUUAUGUGUUUUAAGUUCUUUAAAAUAUGCCACUUUUACUGUUUUCCUUUUUAAGUAGCUAAGCUAUGUACAAACAUGACUGUAAUGAUAAAUAUUUUGUGUAAUGUCAGCUACUGUGUAGCUAUUACUAAAAGUUAUUAAAAUAAGUGAUCAAAACUGUAAAUAUUAUAUUUUUUAAAAAUAAAACAUUGAAUUUAAAAUACUUUAA